AUUACAUGUUUCCGGACAUUUUGGUCUAGUAUGUAUUUGCAUACAAAUCUUCCAGAGUGUAACGACAUGCCCAAUGGCAAGCUGAACGGUAUGCCCUGUAAAGACUACUUUCUGAAGACUGGCCACCAACACUGCAGAGAUUUCCAGGCGGCGGCCGUAUGUUGCUCCAGCAGAAGGAAAGUGUGCGACAACUGUUUCGGCGACACUGCCCACGUUCUUCUUAACAACAUGACGUGUGAAAUGCUCCUGGAAACACAGGGACUCCAGCUGUGUGAUCACCACUUGGUUGUACAACACUGCUGUAGUACCAGGGCGGCUAUGUGUGGUCAGUGGUGUCCUAGCUUAUCCCAUUUAAUUUUGGCUGCUGACCAUUAUUAUAUUCAUAAUACGAAGUGUAAUGGAGACAACCCUAAAGCUCAGUUCUUCACCAAGGAUUCAAAGCUGAAAGACUGCACCACCAUCUUCCAAACAGACGACUUGGCUAGCGUGUGCGCCGAGCCGACGAUCCUGAAAUCUUGCUGCGAGUCGUUCAGUAAGAACUGCAUUCAGAGCCCUCUACUGGGAUAA